AUGUCCCUCUCCGCGCCCUCCAAUAUCGGUUUCGGGGCAUACAUGACCCCCUUCACGCCCCAAAACUAUGGCCGUCCCUCGUCCCCUUUGAACCCCCACGCGGGUUCUUCCUCCCCAAUCACCUCGCCUACGCCCCAAUACGCCUCUCAUCCCCAUCUACCAAUGCACCACUACUUCCCUGCACCUCCUUCGGCCGAGGCUGGGCCUUCUCGACCUCUCCAGCGACCACGGAACGGGAGUGGGAUUGGGAAUGGGCGAGUGCCCUCCUUCUCUUCGCCCGGAUCUGGCAGCAGCUCGCGCUUCGGCCGCCGACCUACUGCGCCAGCACAUACGCGCUCAGCUGGUUCUUCGGCAGUGGUAGGAGGGCUAGGCGGUCCUUUGGACUUGUUUACGGAAGGCACCAGUCCGGUGCAGGGGCAAUUAUGGCGAGAUAGGCUGGGGAGACGCAUGGAAGAAAGGGAGAGGCGGAAACGGGCCAGGGAGAAUGAGAUGGGGAGGAGGAGGGAUAUCGAGGGCGAUGAUGCGGAUCAGAAUCAAGAUCAAGAGGCUGCGGAUAGAAGAGCGCAGGAGGAUGACGAGGAGAUCUUCCGCAGACUUAUGGUCCUUCAACGGAGAAAAGCUCAACAUGCCGUGCUGGUCUCGCACGAGAUGGAGACGGGCGGCUCGGAUCCUCUCGAGCCUGACUUCUGGGAGGACGAGAUGUCAGACCUGGAGAAGGAGGAGCGGGAGCUCGCUGCUCGGAGCGACGGACACGUGUUUCAGCCACCAUCACACGCCCUCAACCCCACUCAGCAUCCUUACCAGCAACCUCCACAACACAGUUUCGGCAUGGCGACACCGCCACCUCGGAUGUCAGCCAGUCGAGCGCCUAACAGCGGGACCCAUGACGCAACGAUGGGUUCAUACCGAGAACAACAGGAGGAAGAGGAGGAUUGGGCAGAGGAGGCGGCGGCGGCCGAGGAGGCAGAGAGGGUGGCGGAAGAGGCAGAAAUGGUCGAUCGGGCAGAGAGGGAGUUCAUGCUCGCAAGGGGAGGCGGGGUUUACGUGCAACACGGGGGCGGAGGCGGGAUGGACAUGGACUGGGAUGGGUUCGAGCAGAUGGACUUUGAGUGA